AUGGUAACCCAAAUCAUUGCAGGGUUGAAAAAUUUUUUCGUUUUCAAUUCCUCCUUGAGUACUAGCGAAGGAGAUGAGCUGGAAAAAAUAUUGUACUACUAUCCAAUAAGCGAUAAUACAGACGUUCAAAUUAAAAAUGUGGGACUUGUUGAAGGAAUUAUCCAUUUCACUGAGACUUUCCGACCAAGUUCUUCAGUUAGUUCAGUGCAUACAGAGAAAUCGAGGCAGCUUUAUUAUCAACCAGAAAAGGGGUACUGGAUGGUUAUGACUAUUCAGCUGAAUCAUAUUACCAAAGAGAAACUUGAAGGAGAUUCAGGGGAACUUGGAGAUGAUGUACAAGACAAUGUUUAUGAAGCUGUCCUAAAACAAGCUUACCAUAUGUAUAGACUAUUUUGGGGCACAUUUCAGGGUACUAAAGACACAGAUACUCUCAAAAUGACCUUAGAAAUAUUUUAUAGAGCAUAUUUGCAAUCUCUAAAGUUGGUUAAUGCAGAUAUUUUGAAUAUAUUUUCUGGAAUUCAGUACUUGCCAUUAGAUAAGCAAACGUUUCUGAAAGUGCAAUGCUUUAUCAAUUCAUUGGAAUCUAAUUAUAUGAUGAUAUCACAUUCUGCAUUCCUGUAUAAUGAUUAUUUAAUAUGGAGUGGAAUAGAACCUAGUGACAUGCAACUUGUUUAUCAUUAUUUGAUAGAUACUCUUUUGCCUGCCAAUAUAGAAACAGAAUUACAAGGUGGUUCAAUGCCUAGAAAUUCACCAUCUCCUUUUGCAGCUCUCAGGCAUGGCCGGUUCAUUACAGGUCCAUCAAAUUUAAGGUUGGCCAAAACAGUGGGGAAGGUUCCUAAAGUUUUCUUUUAUGGUGAACAAAAACCAGAGGAAUAUUAUCUUGUGGUUUACAGGGCAUUGAGUGCAACUGUUUGCUUAUUUGUAAAAGUUGAAACAGAACUCACUCUGAAUAUAUUCAAAGAUCUUGACGAUUUUAUCAGCCCAAAAUUGAUAUCAUUGGUCUCAGACAUAGCUGAAUACUGUUCAAAGCAGGUCAUAACUCCGAAUAUGGCCGAUAAUUCCCCCAGAUUUAUAUAUUUUAACAAGAUGAACUUGGCUUACAAGAGUACCGUUCAUUUGGAUAACAAGCAAAGUGGAAAUGUGGCCUGUAUGAAAGAUUCUGUCAGAAUUAUGGCAGACAUGAAGCUUAACAAUUCCUAUCUGGGAUCCUCUGGAGAGACCAUAGUGAAAACAAUGAGCGAUUAUUGGGUGGUAGGCAAAACUUCCAAUGCCAGAGAAUUCUAUAUUGCUCUUCAACAGAAAAAUGCUAGUCUAAUAGAUAUAAGUGAGGAAGUAAGAAAACUGUGUGAGACUGAACUAAAAGGCAUCUUUUUCCAUUCUACUUAA